AUGGAAAACGGAAUAAUCAAUCAGGAAAAAACGAUAUUAUUAACCAAUGAUCGUCUUUUUCAAGAAGAAAUUUUCGAUAGUCAAUUAGAUCAUCAUCAAAAUUAUUCUCAUUGUUAUCGAUGUCAUCGCUUUUUAUCCAGUUCCUCUUCAUCAUCUUUGAAUUUCUCAUCUUCUUCCUCUUCCUUUUCAUCUUGUUGUUUUUGUUCUGUUCAUUGUUCUGUUGAAUAUUCUUCUUUAUACAAUAAGAUCCCGGUUGUUGUUGUUAAUGAUGAUGGUGAAGUUCCGUUAUCUAAACAUAAAAAUGAAUCAUCAUUGUCAUCAUGUUUGAGGCCGAAUUGUUCUAAUUCUUCAUCCAUAUCAACAUCAACAUUAUCAUCAUUGAAUUCAACAGCAACAAAUAUUUCCAGUCAACAACAACAACAACAACAACAACAAAUCUCCCACACCUCCUACACAAUAUCAUCUUUAAGACAGCGACGUAGACGACGGCGACGACCAUUAUCAACGAAUUUAUUGAUGAUGAUAAAAUCCAAAUCAAAUGAUGAACAGCUAUGUUAUUCAAGGCAAAAAGAAGAAUCAUCAUUAUUCUUGAAGCCAUCUUCAUCAUCAUCAUCAUCAUCAUCAUCAUCCAAACGAACAACACCAACGCCAAAAAAUAUCGUUACAACAGCAACAUGGCCAGAAAUAACAUUAUUGUCGUCAUCAAUGGCCAUCAACAAAAAUCAUAUUUUGACCAUCCUUUUAAAUUUUUUUCUGCAAUCUGCAUCCAUAUUCACAUUAUCAUCAUCAUCAUUAUUAUUAUCCUCUCGACAAUCAAACAGUCAUCAACAUAAUCAUCAUCGUACACUAUUGAUAACAACCAUGCUUCUACUUUGUUCAUUCAGUAGUUUGUUACAUACAGUCGAAUCCUGUUCAUCAAGGUCGACACCAAAACCACGUCCACCAGCGCCAACAACUCGUCCAAAUAUUACGUUCCAAACAUAUGCAUGUCCAGAAGCAUAUGCAAAAUGGUAUUGUUUAAAUGGUGCCACUUGUUUUUCUGUCCGAAUCGGUGAAUCUAUACUGUAUAAUUGCGAAUGUGCCAAUGGCUAUAUGGGACAACGAUGUGAAUUCAAAGAUCUUGAAGGUUCAUAUCCUGGUAUGCCAUCACGUGAAUCAAAAAUCCUGGAGGCCGGUAUUGCUGGCGGUGUCAUCACAGUGUCCAUAGUAUUUGUAUUUGUAAUCUUAUUAUCAUACAACGCCUAUCUAAGAAAUCAGAUGAGAAUGAAAUCCACAUCAAUGACGACUCCCUUGUUACGAUCAUCAUCGUCGACAGACCUGAACAGUGAUUUUUCCAUUUAUCCACCACAGCCAUUGUUGUAUCAGAAAAAAUCCGGAUAUUAUUCAACAUUCAGUCAGCAACAGCAGUUACCGUUCAGCCAACCGAACAAUAAUGAUAAUAAUAAUUUGACAUUAAUAACGACAAGGAAAACGGCAAAUUGUCAAUGUAUAUUACCAUUCAAUGGAAACAAACAUAUAAAUCAUCAUCAUCAUCAUCAUCAUCAUCAACAACAACAACAGCACAAUUAUCAUCUAAUUAUUGAUGAGAAGAAAAAAUUCGGAAAUAUUCUACUGGAUCUGGAAUAUAGUACAAAUGACAGAUAACGAUAAAACAACAGUUUAUGGAAUCAAAUCAAUAAAUAAAAUGAAAUGCUACAAAUCUACUGAUCAACCAAUCAAGAAAAUUUUUAAAAAAAAAAUUCAACUAGCAAUCGAUAAUGUUAUAAAAUAAUUCGUUUUGUUAAUCAUUCGUUUUCUCUUUUUCUCUACACACAAAAAUCAUUGAAUACAAUUUUUUCUAUUGAUUUAUAUACUAUUCUUCAUUAUUUAUUCAUACUUUUCUCAA